AUGCUUGUUGAUGAACCAGAAGAAGAUGAAGCUGAAGCUGAAACUGAAGCAGAAGGUAAUGUUGAAGGAGAUCAAGUUAGUUUUACUCCUGAGUCUGUAAAGUUGUUAAAAGCUAUCAAUAAAGAAAUUGCAGCCGGUAAUGAAGGUGAUGUUGGUGAUAAAAGCUCAUCAAGUUCGUCUGAUGAAGAGAUUGAUGAAACAGAACGUGCGAGGAGAAUUAAAGCUGAGAUUGAGAAAGAAAAACAGCUUAAAAGAAAGAGGAAAGAAGAUACAGAUGAUGAGUUGUAUAAUCCAUCCCCUGAACAUGUGAUAGAAUCUCAGACACCUCCGUCAUCUGGUGGGAGGAAGAAGCAGUCUGCUAGAAAGAAAGUUGCUACUCCAAGGGCAAAGGGUUUAAAAAUUUUGUUGAAGAAGAAACCAGUUCAAAAACCAAAGGGUAUUUCUCUUGAAGAAAUUGGAGAUUUCGACUUUGCAAAUAAUGAGCAAGUGAAGAAGUUAGAAAAGAAAGUUGAAGAAGUUUUGGUUGAAAACAAAAGGUUGGUUGAUCGUGAGAAGAAACUGGAAAAGCGUGUUAAGUCUGUGGAAGAUGAAAAUUCUUCAUUGUUAAAGAAAACUGAAGCUGAUCGGACAGAAAUAGACAUUCUGAAAGUCAAAGUUGCAGAAUUGGAAGAAGAGAAAGCAUGCCGAGAUGAGCAAAAUAAGUAUUUUGAGUUGAAAAACAAAGAAUUGGAAGUUGCUAAAGCUAUGAAAGAACAUGAGAUUUAUAUGAUGAAUAAAGUGCUAGAAAAUAUGCUUGGAAAGUCAAUUGAGCAGAGAUUUGAAGAAAUUAAAGUUGAAGAAGUCAGGGCUAAACGUCAAGCUGAAAUCGAUGCUCAAAUGAAGAAUAAAGGAAAGGGUGUUGAAGAGGAUGAAGAAGAAGAAGAUGGUGAUGGAGAGAAAACAGAUGAUCCAGAUGAUGUAACAUCUGCGAGUAGUCAUAGUGAUGAUGAUGAUGAUGAUGAUGAUGACGAUGGUCAGGGUGGUACUGGUAUUAAAGUUACUAAAGCAUCGAAUGAACAAAAUGUUGAUGAUUUUCUUCACGAUGAUGCAAAUGAAGAUCAUGAAAGUGUUGAAGGUGAGGGGGAGCAAGUGGAUGAUCAAAGUGUUGAUAAGCGAGAAAAGUUAAUUCUGCGUCUAGAGCCUGAAGUUGAAGAAGGAGAAUUUAGGCAUGUUUACACUAUGAAUGAUAUUAAAGAAAUGACGCGUAUUAAUGAUCCUGAUUUCAAGUUUGAUUUUGAAGAGGAGCUGAAUGCAUUCGAUAUCAACCAACAACCUGACUAUGAGUACAAGUAUGUUGAAGAGGCAGACGUCUAUGAUAGGGUUGAGGUUGAAGAUUGUACUGAUGAAGAAAGUGUGACUGAAGAUACUUCAAACUUUCCAACUCUUGUUGAAUUUUUUAGUCAAGAGAAUGCAGAUGAGUUGAGAAGGAAAGUUGCUGAAUGUUUGAAAGACAAGAACUUUGAUGGUACAACGAAAGAUGCACAAAAGGAAGAAAGAAAGAAGUGGUUCAGAAAGAGUAAUGAACGAAAGUUUAAGCGGCCAUUGAAGUUCUACAAAAGAGACAGGGAUGUGUCACUCGGGGAUAUCAUCAGUUGGGGAUUUCUACCUCAAGUGAAUGUGUAUGCUAUCAGGAGAGAAUUCAGAGUGCAGUACUUUGAAUAUAUUCAGGACAUCAUGUCACUACCAUCGUGGGAUGUUGAGGAAUUAUCGAAAGUUAGAACUCUGGAUUAUCCGGUAAGAAAGCAUGAUGUACCCAUCUGGGGUUUGAUGAAAUUUGAAGCAUGCAGAGGAUUCAAACACUGGAAACCUCAUUACCUAAAGAAGGUGAGGAGAGUGAAUCCUGAAACUGGAAAUGAAGAAACAAUCUUGCAUGUGAAGAAGCCUAGAGUUAUAAAGAACAUUCCAGUACCGAAAAUGGAACAAGAUUUUCAUAAGGGGUUCUUGUACUGGGUAUACAGCUGUUUGUCGACUCAAGUUGUGAUCAUUUACAGAGCUGAAAAUGAAAUCAGAAACAUUUUUGUGUAUGAUCCGUUAUGGUUGGUAAAUUACUCGGCUAAAGACAUUGAAUGUUUGUUUGUGAACAAGAUCGGAUUUAAAGCUGAAGAUAAAGAGCAGGCUAUGCAGUUUCAGAGGGUUGUAUCUAUAAGCUUCCAAAAGGGAAUCAAUGCUGACAACAAAUGGAAUUCUAAGUGGCGAGAGAUUGAGAAGGAGGAAGCAUUGAAGGCUGAGAAGAGAAGAAAGGCUCGUGAAGACAAAGAUAACAUGUUGAGGCAUACAUUUAAUCAAAGAAUGGCUGCUGAAGAGAAGAAAAGGGUUGACGAGAACGAGAAGCUUAGGAAGCUGCUGAUGAAAAAGCCUAAGCCGAGGGAAGAGAAGUUCAAGUCGCUGUAA